CGAUACUACAUUAGAAGAUUGGAAUGAAGAAAAGCCUGAGGAAUUUGAUGCGCAUACAGUUACUGCACCCACGAUUGGCCUUUUUUAUAAAGGACAGUCGUAUUGGUCAUCUUAUGAAAUGUCAUUCCAAAAAAUUGCCGAGGAAAGAAAAUGGCACUUGUCUUCAGGAAGAAAUGUGGAAGACGUCCUCUAUGCGUACGCGUCGAAAUUGGAAUAUGAGCAGCCAGCACAUUCUUUUAUUAUAGACACAUCAGAUAAUAAUAUCAAAAAUUUAUUUACGAAAACCGAAUGGGAGGAAGUUAUAGGCACUAAUAAGAAAACUGCACCAGCUAUUGACAAGGUUCUUGUAGAGCAUUUACUGAGUUACAAGAAAAAGUCCCCCUUAGAAAUGCGAACACAUAUUAUGAAACCCUGGUUAAACACAACAUAUAAUAGAGAAGAACAUUUUGACUUUCAAUAUAUACAUCAAGUUUUUUCUCAUCUGCUGGACGAAUAUGAGUCAUCGAAGAAUCGAUUGAUGCAACCACAUGCAGAGGGGUGGUAUGCAAUCAAUGUUUGGAGCAUAUUGAUUGAUAAAACAUUCUUAAACAUUCCUGAUAUAGAACUUGUUCGUGGUGAGACGUGUAGCGUUGCAUCAAGCAACCGAAAGAACGAUGACGAGAUGUACAGGAUAAAGGGUCAGAGAAAGGCACUUGGACAUCGUAUUGAUGGUAUUUUUCAAAAUACAGUCAACGACUAUGAAUAUGGAGGAAUUGAAGUCGCGAAAACGUGUCAAGGCCCACAUGAUAGGAAAUAUUUAGGCAACUCCUUGAAACUCACGAAACUCCUGAAAGAUAUAUUCCAUCAACAAUCAAGUAUUGUUGACUAUGAUGAAACGGUAGUUAAAAAAAUAGAGAUGGUUGGCUUGUUACAUUCACGCCUUCAGUUGCAACAGUUCCUGAUGGAUUUCGGAGGUGGUUCGUGUUUGCGCCUCAGAAAAGAAACAACUAGAAAUAUUCCUCUGCAUCUUGGUGACGUAAUGGAGCUUAUCAGCACAGUUAUAUCUAUUCUUCAAGCAAAACUCCGAAUCCAACGUUGUAUUGGAGUGUUAAAAAACGAACCUGAGGAUGAAUUAUUCUUACAUGAAAUUACCAACCUCCUUCGCGUCCUUCUACUCCACCUAGAACUGUACACCUUGCCUGACUAG